AUGUUGGUGAACUACUCUAGUGCCACAGAAUUUUUUCUGGUAGGCUUCCCUGGCUCCAAAGAACUACACCACAUCCUCUUUGUGACCUUCAUCUUCUUAUACUCAGUGACAAUACUAGGGAACAUGGUCAUCAUCAUCACAGUCUGUGCUGACAAGCGCCUGCAGUCUCCCAUGUACUUCUUUCUUGGCCACCUCUCUGUCCUGGAGAUACUGAUCACAUCUGUUGCUAUCCCUUAUAUGCUCCAGGGACUGCUUCUCUUACAGAGCCAGAUAAUAUCUCUGUCUGCAUGUUGUGCACAACUGUAUCUGUUUUCUUUGGGAAGCUCAGAGCUGGCAUUAAUAGGAAUGAUGGCUGUGGACCGUUACGUGGCUGUCUGCAACCCUUUGAGGUACAGCAUCAUCAUGAACAACCAGACUUGUAUCUGGAUGGUGAUUGUGUCAUGGGUGUUUGGGUUCCUCUUUCAAAUAUGCCCUGUCUAUGCCACAUGUCAGCUUACUUUCUGCAAAUCAAAUCUGUUAGAUCAUUUUUACUGUGACCGAGGCCAGUUGCUCAAACUAUCCUGUGAUAACACCCUUUUCACAGAGUUUAUUCUUUUCUUAAUGGUUUUUAUUAUCAUUGGUUCCAUGAUCCCUACGAUUGUCUCCUAUACCUACAUCAUCUCCACCAUCCUCAAGAUCCCUUCAGCUUCUGCUCAGAGGAAAGCCUUCUCCACCUGCGCCUCCCACUUUGCCUAUGUUGUCAUUGGCUACGGCAGCUGUUUGUUCCUCUAUGUGAAACCCAAGCAAACACAGGCAGCUGAGUACAACAGGGUGGCCUCACUGCUGGUGCUGGUGGUGACUCCCUUUCUGAAUCCUUUCAUCUUCACUCUUCGGAAUGACAAAUUCAUAGAGGCCUUUAGAGAUGGAAUGAAACGUUCAUAUCAACUUCUCAAGCAUUAGCACUGUCUCCUCAUCUUCUCUGUACCACUCCAAUUUUGGUAUAUGUGCUGCAGGAGCUAGCAUGUGGCACUCUCUUAAGGACCAUCAU